AAGAAGUUGUAGCAUUAAAAGAUUUUGAUAAAGUUAUCUUUAGUGUUGUCUCAAAGGAUCCAAACUUGAAAAAAAUUCGAGAAAACAUUGCAAAUCAAUUAGGCUUGCCAAUAGAUGAAAAAAUGGGUGAAUCUAAACAAGCACAAAGUUUGUGGAAGAGGAUAUUUGAAGGUAGAGAAAAUAUACUUAUAAUAUUGGAUGACAUGUGGAAAGAGCUUACACUUCAAGACAUAGGGAUUCCUCCCGGUUAUCAUGACAAGGGUUGUUGUGUUGUCUUGCUAACCACACGUCAAACGACAGUGUGUAGAGAUAUGGGAUGCCAUGACAAUAUUAAACUUGAAGUCUUAAAUGAAAAGGAUGCCAUGUAUCUUUUUCUAUUUUAUGCUGGCAUCAACAUUGAUGGUUCUUCCAAUGAUUUUGAGGAUGUGGUUGCAAGUAUUGUAAAGGAGUGUGGAGGAUUACCUAUUGCAAUUGUAGCAAUGGCAAGAGCAUUGAAAUCCAGGAGUUUAAAUGACUUGAAGGAUGCUUUGGUAAGAUUGCAAAAUUAUGUGCCAACGUAUAGUGCUAAUGAAGAGUUGAAAGAGGCUUAUAAUUCUUUGAAAUUAAGUUAUGAUUAUCUAAAGAAUGAAAAAGCCAAAAACCUCUUCCUCUUGUGCUCUCUCUUCCCAGAAGAUUAUGAAAUACCUAUAGAACUUUUAACUAGAAUUGCUAUUGGUUUGGGGCUUUGUGGAGAUGCUAAUAAAUACUUUAUAGCAAGAAGUGAAUUCACUCCAAUUAAAAAUGAGCUCAUAGAUUCUUGUUUAUUGUUAAAAUCUAGGAAUGAAAUUGUAAAGAUGCAUGACUUGGUUCGGGAAGUUGCUCUGUGGAUUGGAAAAGAACAAGUUCAAGUGGGAAUGGAUUCUAACACAACUUUAGAUGAAAAUAUCCAAUAUUCAUCUUGAAACAUAAGUGACUUCCCCAACCGUUUUGGCAGUAGUAAACUUGAGGUUCUUUUAGCUUGGAUAAAUGAAAGUAAUGAACCAAAAGUUCUAGAUGCUUUAUUUGAGCAAAGUGGAGAGCUUAAAAUUCUAAUUUUAGAAUAUUUGUAUCAUCGGCGAAGAUUGCAAAUUUUAGCUCAAGUUUUGUUUCAACCACUUCAAGCAUUAAAAAAUGUUCAAACUCUAGCCAUAAAAAGAUUUGAAUUAGGAGAUAUAUCUAUUUUGGCAAGCUUGAAAAGCCUCACUAGUCUUGCGUUGAUUAAUUGUUCAAUUAUUGAAUUGCCAAAUGAAAUUAGAGAGUUAGAAAAUUUGAGAUUGUUGGAAUUGAGAAAAUGUUCAAUUGAAAGAAAUAAUCCUUUUGGAGUGAUUGGAAGUUGCUCACAAUUAGAGGAGUUGUAUUAUGUUGGCAAUGAUAUUGGUCAACUUGACAAUGACAAAUUUCCUCAAAUUACAACUUUUCCUAAAUUGCGAAGGUAUCAUAUAGUGGAAUCUCCUACUAGUCAUUUUGAAGUGGAUUUUUCAAUAUCUAGAUACUUCAAUUCAAAGGACUUAGGAAAAAAUUUCUCUAAGGAAAUAUUUACAUCCCUAGUAGCAGGAGCAGAAAUUUUGGAGUUAAAUAAAGUUGAUUGUAGUAGAGGAUGGACAAAUAUUGUUCAUGGCAUUGUUCUUAUGAAAGAAAAAGGUUUGAAACAUCAUUUAACUAAGCUUUAUUUGGAAUCUUGUUCCGAGUUAAAGUAUCUGGUGAAUACAGAGCAUCUUCAAUCUGGUAUGGCUAUCUUCUCCAAGUUAGUGGAGCUGCAACUUCAUGAAAUGGGUGUAAGAGAACUAUUGUGUGACCCUUAUCCUCUUGACUUUCUAAAGCGAUCAGAGAAUCUAAGGUUAGUGGGAUGUAGAAAAUUGAAAAGCACAUUAUUUGAGGGCAAGCUAGAGCUGGGUAAUCUUAAGUCUAUAAAAUUAGACGAAUGUUCAAUGACUUGUCUUUUUCAUCCAUUAACAGCUCAAAGUCUCCAGAAGCUAGAGACAUUAGAGAUACAUGAAUGUUCACAGCUAAACUACAUGGUAAAGGAGGUAAUGGAUGAUCAUGAUGAUCCUAAUCAAAAGAGCUAUGGGUCAAUGUUCCCAAAAUUGAAAUCUCUCGAUGUUGAAAAAUGUGGAGGAUUAGAAUUUAUAUUGCCAAUAUGUUUUUGUAAAGACCUUCCACUACUUGAAAGUGUGACAAUCAGGGAAUGUGAGAAGCUAAAAUACAUAUUUGGGCAGUAUCCAAAUGAGAGAGAAUUGCAUCAAAUGGGAAAAGAAUCUGUGCUCCAGUUGCUAGAAGAAAUGGUGAUUGAUGCACAAAAUUUCAUAAGCAUUUAUGCAGAAUGUUAUUUACCCCUACCUUGUGCUGAAGUGCGAAAAUUGGAAGAUGAGAGUAACAAUUUAUCAAGGGGUCCUCUUUGUUGUUUUUGGGCAAGAGUAGGGGCCUCAACUCUACAAUCCCCUUCCACUUCUAAUACCACUCAAUUGGACCCUACUCAGGAAUCAAAAGUCAAGUUUGGUCUCAAUAUAGCUCAUGGAUAUUUUAUUUCACCAUUAUAUCAAUGCAAUCUGAGACAUAUUAGGAUAAACAGAUUUUCGAAGUUGAAGUCACUCUUUACCCUCUCCAUUGCCUCAUCCUUGAAAUUAUUGCAAUUCUUGGGAGUCGAAGAGUGUGAUGCACUGGAGCAGAUAGUAGAAAAUGAGGGGCAUUUUGGUCAUGAUGAUGAUACGACCGUCAGCUCUAUGUUUCCCAACUUACACCAUGUCCUUGUCCAUCGAUGUAGCAACUUGAAAUGCCUAUUCUCUAUGUCCACAUAUUGUAAGCUUCCAAAACUACUCAUGUUGGAUAUAAAAGACGCCCCUCAGUUUGAGCAAGUCUUUGAAUGCGAGCAAGCAGUUAAAUUUCAAGAGCCGACCACGAAAGAUGUGCUUCCAAAAUUAUUUGGAAUGAGACUCAUAAAUCUGCCAACCCUUCAUACAAUCUAUCACGGACUUGAUUUCCAAAAUGUGAAAAUCCGUGUUGUGAGGUGUCACACCUUAUCUCAGGAAAUAAAAUGAAUACAACAAAAUAUGGGAAAUUCUUCUGGUAUUAAUCAGUAAAUUGCAUUGCGAAGUUCAUCAGAAAACAAUACAGCAAAAGUGUGGUUCAGAAAAGGAAACGAUAACAGAACAGAAUUACCAGAGAAAGGAGGAGGAAUAACAGAAAGGAGAGAGAGACCAAUUACAAUCACACACUGUUUUCCACUCAUUGCAUGCACAUGCAUUUUAUCCCUCUUGCCCCUCUCGUAACUUCCACGUGAGUGUUCUUGGACGAGUGCUUCUACGCAAAGCAGCCAAAUCCGUGUGACCGUCAUUGGGUAUCGCCACGUCAUGGUUCAGCUCACCACUCAUCUGCUGACUCGAUAAAGUGGACGUGACAUGAGGCAAUGUCCCAAUAUCUCUAUAACUUCAGCUAAUGACAGCAAGAGAGAACUACUUGCUUUGUCUUCAUUAUUGCAUCAGCGGGAGUCUAACUCGGAAGAUAAUGAUGACUGCAAGGUUGCAAGUUUUGUUGCUUGGAAUUGGGCUAACGAGCUAGAGAGAGGCACGACAAAGCCAAAACAGUACAAUAGUUCUUCAAAUCUAGCAAAUAGCGAAGAGGCAUUCCAGGAGAUUGUUGAAGACGACUCCGCAAUCCACAAGCAGUAUAGUAGUUCGCCAAAUUUGAGAGAGAUUGAAGAAGAAGAAUCUCAAAAUAUUAUUGGAGAAGACUCAGCAAAGUCAGAACAUACAAAUGCAUCACCAAAUUUGGAAAACAGUAAAGAAGCAUCAAAGAAGAUUGCUGAAAAAGACUCCACUGCGCACACACAGAGCAGUAAUUUGCCAAACAUGACAAAGAAUAUGAAUGCAACAACAAAUGAUAUUGUUGAAGAACAACUUUCCAGUUCACAUACAGCGGCAGCUUCCUCAUCUAAUUUAGAUAUGAUUGUUCAUGGAAGCUUAGAGCUAAGAGUUCAAGAAAGUUCUAAAUUAGAUGGAGCUAUCGAAGAAAAUCAAAUCAUGAAUUCAAAAUCAAGCAAUGCAUCCCCAACAUCAUCUAUAAUUCCUCAGGAAAAUAAAUCUUCACAUGAAGCUGAAGCAACUAUGGGAGAAGGUCUUUCAUCUGAGAAACAUGACACAAACAAGGAGAAAGUAGAGGCAAGUGUUCGAGAAAAUCCAAAAUUAGAGGAAGUUGUAAUGUCAAAUGAAGUCCGGGAUUCAAAACUCAAAACCAUACUUGCACCAUUUGCUAGUCCUUUACAAGUUGAAUCAGCACAAGAAACAAUGGAGGAGGCAAGUGUUCUAAAAGGUCAAAGACCAGGGGAGGCUGUGUUAGCAGAUGAAGUCAUGGAUUCAAAGCUAAGCAACAUACCCUUACCAUUUUCUAGUGCUUCACAAAUUGAAUCACCACAAGUCCCUUCAAUCUCUGCUCAUGGCAAGCCUCAAAUAGAAACUUCAACUACUCCCUUAGACAUAGAGAGCUCACAUUCAGACCUGCCAGAUAUUUCAGCAACUACUGAAUCGGCACAAGAUGAGACUUGGACUGAUGAAGAAAAUAAGUUUGGCAAGAAGUCUAAACAAUAUGAAGAACAUGAUCACAUGAGAUUAUUCCAAAUAACAGAGGAAGCUGCUGAUAUUGAAGUCCACAUGCCUUAUGUUCAUAAAAUCAUUGCUGAUCUUCAACAUCAUGAUGAGGUGGCUAAGGCCCUUGCUAACUUGGCUGCCUCAUUGAAGAUAGGUUUAAAUGAAAUAGCUACCUCAGAAGAAAACAGACUUUGCCUUGAGAAAGCUCUCACCAUCUUGUCCUCAUAUUGUUCUGAAGAUGGACCUCCCUCUAAUAGCCUUCAAGCUGCAAUACACUCUAUGCAUGAAGAAAUCCAACGUAUUGUAUCUUCCUUCAACCAAGCCCACGACACCAUUGACACAUUCACCAAGCUCGAACAAAAAGAGAAGCUUAUGAUGGAACAACGCUCACAGCGAAAGGAAGUGGCCGCUGCAACUUUAUCUGCAAUUCAUAGGACUGAGAAUUCAAUGGUAGAGGCUCAACUAAAGGAAGCAGAGCUGAAAGAGCAUAUCUCUAAGUUGCAGGCUGAACUGGAUAGCAAGAAGAAGAAAAUAGAGGAAUGCAAGAUCAAACUGUUAUCUCUUCAAGAGCAGGACAGGAAGAGUGCUUCUGAUGACAUAGGAUUCAUAAUGGAGUUUGAGGAAGUGAAGAAAGAGAGGUCAAGCAUGGUUGAAGCACAAGUGAAAGCAAGGGAACAACUGAAAAAUAUGGACGCCAAGUGGUCUUCCUGUUUAUCCAAUUUUAUGAAAACCACACUACUGCUGGGAAUUCAUCUUAAGCAAAAACUUUGACUUUUAGAGACUGUUAUUUAAAUUUCCUGCCAAAAAAAAAAAAAGAAUUCUAGAGUCAAAUUUAGUAGUUGGGUUGUUGUAUGUAUGUGUCUUGGGUUGAGUGUCAUUGCUGCAGUGAUUUUCAUUAUGUUGAUAGUAAGUAAUGAUAGAAUUCUCGAAAGGAAAAAAAAAAAAAAAAGAAUAGGGUUGUGAUCAAUAAUUAUUGAACUCAUUGUUGUACACAUUGAUUUGAUGAUAGUGAAGUUUUUCUGGACUUG